CUUUGGAAAUCAUAUGUAGUUUAAGUCGUACUGUAAUUUGUAUAAUUUAUAAUCAAUCUUUCAAUUUAAAAUUAUCAAUUAUGCAUUUCUCUAUCACACAUUUAACAAUUUUAAAAAGAAAGGAAAGAUAGACUUGUGGAAAGAUCUUUAGACUUGUGGGCAUCUUGUGGUACAAACUAUGAUAAAUUACAGAGCUGCGGAUCUGAUUCUAAAUAGAUGUUUACUUGUAGCUAAUUGUUUUAUUACAUCAAAAGGAUUUAAAGACUACAUAAAUUGUUUAUAACUCUCUUUUUUAUGUAGAAAACAUUGAUUUAGUAUAGAGCAUUAGAAACUUUAUCGUUUUCCAAUAGUGUUAUAAUGCAAGGAGAUCAAUUAUUUUUUAAAUAAGUUUAUUAAUCGAGAUAUCUUAAGGUAUAUUUCGUUUCUUUAACAUUAAUUUAAAUACGAUUUAAUCUUUAUUUUCGGUCCCGGUAUUUCAGUAACAAUGCAUUGUUUAUUUUUAAUCUAAAUAAUAUAAUUUGUGUAAGUAAUUCUAAUAAUUGAAAAUUAUUAUUACAAUUAAUGAUACUUUAAUCUAAUAAAUUAACAAUAGGAACAAAAUUUUUUUCAUAUUCUGACUUUAUGAUGGAUAACGAACGGAUAAAUUCUGAUUUUUCAACGCGAUUCAAAUACGAUACUUGGAAGGUGUCGGAUUCUUAUUUUGGUGGUCAAAGUUAUCCACUUCCAGAAUAUCGUCCUUCGUUUAGGGAAAGAUACGAGUGGGGAGAGUUGCCUAUAUUGAUAGUAUUGAAAGACGAGACAAUGGGCUGCUCGAUCAGAUGGCUGACACCCGUUGGUAAUUUGGACUACGAUUAUUUUCUUCCGAUAUUCUUUGAUGGCUUGCGAGAAGAAUGUCUUCCGUAUUCGAUAGCGGCCUACAUUGGUUUGCAGGAAAUGUUAAACGAAGGAGGCAAUAAAGUCGUACAGGCUUUACCAUUCGUUAUACCGUCAUUAUCCGAAACUUUAUACGGUCAAAACAAAGAAACAAUCAGUAAGGCUUUGAUUGCGCUUCAACAUCUAUACGAGAAAACGGGACCGGCAUUAUGGCCUUAUUAUAACAAAUUUAUUCCUAUUUUGAAUCAUCUGAAACUGCAGUCUGAAUAUAAGGAGACCAGAAUCCACCCCAGACAGUCGACCAGAUCGGCUUUUGAUUAUCUUGUCUUAGAAACUCUCGCCUUAUUAAAAUCUUGAAAUUAUUUUCCAUUAAUUUGAUUUCUUUAAUAAAAUUCUAAAUUAACAACCAAAA